GCUUCGCGUUCUCGCCGCAUGAGGUCUCCAAAGUCAACGCACGUUUUGUCUACGAUUCUUGCAGAUUCUUAAGAAUAGAUGAAAUAAUAUAAUCGUCAUUGAAAAAGUAAUAAAUAAAAUUAAAUGACAAUGGCAAGCAAAAAGAAAAUAAAGGCAUAUGUAAAGAAACAACGUAUACCGGAGAGUAAAAUAAUCGAGGAUCUGCGAUCCAGAUAUAACAAUAUAGACGUCACCAAGAUAAUAAAAUUUAGCGAUCUCCCUUUGUCGAAAAGUACCUUGAAAGGAUUAACAAGUAGUGAUUAUAUCGAGAUGACAGACAUUCAGAGACAGAGCAUCGGUUUGGCUUUGCAGGGAAAUGAUAUUUUGGGAGCUGCAAAGACUGGAAGUGGCAAGACUCUAGCUUUCCUUGUACCAAUUCUGGAGAUUUUGUACUGUAAGCAGUGGACACGACUUGAUAGUUUGGGUGCACUUGUUAUCACACCAACAAGAGAACUAGCGUAUCAAAUAUUUGAAACAUUGCGAAAAGUGGGGCAGCACCAUGAUUUCUCAAUUGGUUUGAUCAUAGGAGGGAAAGAUUUAAAAUUUGAGACAAAACGUAUGGAUCAGUACAAUGUAGUUAUAUGCACACCAGGACGUUUGCUUCAGCAUAUGGAUGAGAACCAAUUAUUUAAUUGCGUAAACAUGCAGAUACUAGUAUUGGAUGAAGCAGAUCGUUGUUUAGACAUGGGUUUCGAGAAAACUAUGAAUGCUAUUAUUGAAAAUUUGCCACCUGAAAGGCAGACUUUGCUUUUCUCGGCAACACAGACAAAAUCAGUGAAAGAUCUGGCAAGAUUGAGUCUUAAAAAUCCAUUAUAUAUAUCUGUGCAUGAGCAUUCAACAUAUACCACGCCGGAAAGUCUGCAACAAAGUUACAUUGUGUGUGCUUUAGAAGAUAAACUGGCUAUGCUGUGGUCGUUUAUACGAAAUCAUCUAAAACAGAAGAUUAUUGUGUUCUUUUCUAGCUGUAAACAGGUCAAAUAUGUCUACGAGGCGUUUUGCCGACUGCGACCUGGUGUCAGUUUGUUAGGUCUUUAUGGUACGCUUCAUCAACUGAGACGAAUAAGUAUCUAUGAGACAUUUCGCAAGAAACAAUACGCUGUCUUAUUUGCCACCGACAUCGCAGCCCGUGGAUUAGACUUUCCUGCUGUCAAUUGGGUAAUUCAAAUGGACUGUCCAGAAGAUGUUAAUGCAUACGUACAUAGAGCGGGUAGAACAGCCAGGUUUAAAAGCGGCGGCGAGUCCCUCUUAGUUUUGUUACCGUCUGAAGAAGCCAUGGUCGAGCGGCUUCAACAACGUAAAAUUCCUCUAAAUAUGAUCAAAAUUAACCCGAACAAACUGCAGUCGCCGCAUCGUAAGUUGGAGAUUUUGUUGGCUCGGGACGUAGCCUUAAAGGAAACCGCUCAAAGGGCCUUUGUAUCAUAUAUAAAAUCAAUUUUCCUUAUGAAAGAUAAAGAGAUCUUCGACGUGUAUUCUUUAGAUAAAGACGCAUAUGCCAGGUCUUUAGGCUUAAUCAUUACUCCGAGAACUCGAUUUUUACAGAGAAUAAAAAGGAAAAUGAUUGAUAGCAAUAUCAAGAAUAAAGAGAAAAUACGUAAGACUGCGAUUAAUUCGUUGGACGUCAGCGAAGAAGAAGAUAAUGAAGACAGUUUUGACGCAAGUGAUAAUUCUGAUACCGAUAAAGAGGAAAGAAAAAAAGCGAUCAAAGAGGAAAAUACCACUCUUCAUUUUGAUGUUUCUAGCGAUGAUGAUGAUCUCUUGACGGUAAAGAGACAGCAUAUAGAUAUCAAUGACGUGCCAAUGAUAAAAGAUGAUGAGAAUAAGACUUUGAAGAAAAAGAAAAUCAUUACAAAGGCUGAAUGGGCUAAAAAGAUGCUUAAGAAAAAUGUUAUAGCAAGCAAAAAAACUGUAUUUGACGAGAAGGGUCAAGAAUUGGUUGAUUCAGCUCGAAUGAAAAUGUCAGAAUUGGCCCGACAAUACGAAAACGAGAUCGACUCUGGCAUUAACAUCGAAAUAUCCAAACAAGUGUUGCGCGAGGAAGACCAGUUCGAUAAACAAAGACACCGGGAGAGAGUGAGGGCAAAACACAAGGAAGAGAAGAUGAAACUGAAAGCGGAUACUCUGUCGUUAACUCAAAUUACAUUCUAUCUUAUUUUAAAUUAUAAAGCGAAAGCGAAUACGAACAAGGAAGAAACAAAGGAAGAUGCAGAUAACGAUGAUGUCAGCGAAGCUGAAUCUAGCGAGAAUCAAGACAUGUCGUGGUUACCUGAUCCGGAUAAAAUAUACGGUAAACAACGAAAUACGGAUGAAGAAGAUACCGAGUCCUCUACGGAAUUCGAUGAAAACGAGAAACUCAAGGAGAAUGAAGAAUCUGAGAACGAAGAAUCCGAGGAAGAAAAUAUACUUCACAGGCCUUUCAAGAGAAAAUUGUUGACUCAAAAGGAACACAGAAGAAUGCAGAAGAGGUAAAAGGUAUCGGACACUGCAGAUCGACGAAGAAUUGGCUCUGCAACUGUUACGCAAUUGAAUUAAGAAAAUAUUUAGAAAUGUAAAUUUAUAUGCUUUAUUUAAUAAAUUUACACUUUAUUCAAGAACGCGACGUAACCUUUCGCAGUAUGUACAUUCUAUGAUGUAAUGGUUGUACUGUGCAUAGGAUAUUGACAAUUUUACACUGUAUCUCGAAAAAUUUCAGCUCAACCAGAUAGAAUUGUACUAAAGCGACGAAACACGAACGAAUCCCUGUCAUUUUCCUUAUACGUAUAUCUCUUCUUUAUUCAAGUGAGUAUUAUAAUAACGACAGAGUAUCUCGCGCGUAUCUUCGCAAACGUUGCCUGCCACCACCACGACUGGUGCGAUCGCAGUAUUUGGUAAAUUUGCCUAUAGGAACUACCAUUACCUACAACAAUGUACAGUAUUUAUUUUACAAAAUCCCGAUUAUUGCAUAAAUCACACGAGUUACACAAUAGAACGUCGAGCACCGCCGAGGGUUGUCCGUGCACGCUUCGAGAUUCCGUGAAAAUUUUGUGCAAGAAAUGAUUUGCCGUUUCAGAGAGAAAAGUGAGCGUGAGACGAAAUCUCACAGUCGUAUACCUAUCAUUCCUUGUUCAUUCACAAUAUCGUUUCGUCGUAAUUAUCCUACCUAAAUCUUUGUGUCAUCUCAC